GCUCGCUCGGAGAGCGCUGGUCGAUCAGCCCGCGCGCCGGCCACAGCACGGUGGAGUUCAAGAGUGCGGCGUGCGCGGCGGCCGGGGAGCCGCCCGCGCCGCCUUUGUCCGCGCUGCCGGACCCGCAGCAGUUCAACAUCUUCCCGGCGUUUUUCAGCAGGCAGCUUAACUUUACGGGUGGAGGCGGAUGCGGCCAAGGGUCGAAGAUCAUGGAGGAGCUGCGGCCGAACCUGGUGGGAGGGUUGUUGGGAGUCGGGGGGUUGCUGGACGAGCACGGGACGGACGCGAAGUUCCUGCCGGGCGGGGAGAGCAAGUACACGCCGGACAAGGGCCGCAAGUGCAGCAACGCGUCGAGCUCGUCGGCGGAGGAGUUCGGCGCGCUGUACGGCGGCGAGCACGCGGCCACGCCACCCGCGCCGCCGCUCAGCCGCUCGCUGCAGGACCACACGCCUGAAGGCGCCUUCAAAAAGUUAAAACCGGAGCCCGGCGGGAACAACGGCACAUCGGGAGCAACAUCGGCACUAUCGCCCGCGUUGGGUCCCCAACACGCGGGUCACACCCCUACCACGGCAUCCUGCCCCACUCCUGCGAGGAGGAGGCAUCGGACAACCUUUACACAGGAACAAUUAGCAGAAUUAGAAGCAGCAUUUGCGAAGUCGCACUACCCCGAUAUUUACUGUAGAGAAGAACUGGCGCGGACCACGAAGCUAAAUGAAGCGAGGAUACAGGUCUGGUUUCAAAAUCGGCGCGCCAAAUACCGCAAGCAAGAGAAGCAGCUACAGAAGGCGUUAGCGCCGGCGGUACUACCUGGCUGCAACGGCAUGAUGCGAAACAUCCAGGGCUACCGAGGCUACCAGCCCUACCCACACCCUAACACCAUCAACCGGUAUCCACAGGACAUCUUCUCGCUCUCGCAAAUGGGCGGGGGCUCGUACCCCAUGACCCAGGGCUUCUCUAUGGGCCACGGGGCCAACAUGAGCGCCGUCGGCAUGAGGCAAGAUGCCAUGGGCAUGAGCGCAGAGGACGAGUGGUACAACAAGUCGCUAUCGGCCCUGCGGAUGAACAGCGGGCACCACGCGAACCUGGCCGCCGCGCCGAUGCUGCAGUAUCAGACCUAAUCGCUGCUCCACGGCGCCGACUAUUCGGCGUCGGCGUCACCGUACGCACCCCCCUAGACUAAAGGUGAAAAUGGCAGUGGCGUUGCGAUACCAAAUCGGUGUUACCACAAAACGUUAUCCAUAAUUUAACCUGCGGGCGUAGCAUACUAGUUGGAUGAGCUUUAUCGCAUCGGUGCGUCUCUAUCUCGUUACUGAAAAAUAGUGCGAAAAGGACGGACUGACGUUAUAUCGUUUAUCACGCAACCGUGCUUGCCUGCCUGAUUCUCACUAAUCCUGGUGUUUGUUGAUUCGUUCUACUGAGAUUCGACAGCACUCUUCAUCCCAUCAUCUAAAAAAAUGUUUCAAAAUUUCCAUUCCGCUACGUCACGAUUUACUAUAAUUUUUAAGAAAAAAAAACCACCUUCCUUUGGGGUUCUGGUGAUAAAUACUUUCAAA